AUGGCUAGCCCUCCAGUUCUCUCGUUCGAUACUGAGGGCCGCCCGAUUAAGUUUGAGACCUGGCUCGAUGAUCUGCAUCUGUUCCUCCAGCUCACUGCCAGAGAGGAUAUCUCGCUGUACGAUCACGCACUAGGCACAGUCCCUACUCCUGCUACUACUGCUGCUGCUACUGCUCGCUCACAGUGGCAGACUCGCGAUGCCCACGCCCGCUUUGCUAUUCGCAACUCCCUGCCAGUAGACGAGCGCGAGCACUUUGGCCAGCAUCAGACUGCGCACGCCCUGUACACUGCUGUAGUUGCGCGCUACUCCUCCCCGGCCUCAGCUGCACUAGGCCGCCUCUCGCUUCCCUACCUGUUCCCCGACCUGUCCGCCUUCCAGACAGUCGCUGACCUCAUCACUCACCUCCGCACUAGUGAUGCCCGCUUCCGUGCAGCCAUGCCCGCUGAGUUUCUUGCCUCCAACCCUCCCCCGCUCUGGCUCACUCUCUACCACCUAGUCACCCGCCUCCCUGACACUCUGCGUACAGGGUGUUCCCCCUCCCCCCUGCUCCCCUCUGUCGCCUCUGCUGCUGCUGUCAACCUCCUUGGUGCUGAGCAGGUUGGCUCUGCGUCCGCUCCCAGCGGGCGCCGCAGCAGCAAGGGCAGGGUAGGCAAGGGCGGUGGGGGUGACGGCGGGGGAGGCGGUGGUGGGGGUGGUGGCGGCGGUGGGGGUGGUGGCGGGGCUGGAGGGGCUAGUGGCAGCGGUGGGGGUGAUGGAGGCAGCGGCGGCGGAGGUGGCCGGGGUGGGGGCGGUGGUGGUGGCGGCAGUGGACGUGGAGGCGGCAGAGGCGGUGGUGGUCGUGGUGGAGGCGGCGGUGGUGGUCGUGGAGGCUCUGGCACUGGCCAGAGCGCGCAGCACCCUCAGUCCUCCCAGGAGCUUCGUGAGUGGUACUUACAGCACGGGGGUGGGGGGGGUAGCCUUAGCUGCACGUACGUCAUCCGCACUGGUCGCCGCAAGGGACAGACGUGCGGGAGGGCGCACACUGCGCAGCGCUGCUUCUCUCGCCUAGAUGACGCGUGGCGUGCUCAGUUUCCUGACGCUCCUGAGCUCCCUCAGUGGGCUGAUCUCCUCAAGAAGGAUAUCGAUAUCUAUGCUCUUGAUUUUGAUGUUAUUCUCAAAGCCAUGUAUGCAUAG